AUGGGUUGGAUGUGGUCAUCGCAAUCCCCCUCUGCUCCGAAAGCCCCCAAUCCUACCGCCGACGAGUCUAACAACAACACCACCCCGGCACCUCCGCCAAAGCAGCCCGAAUCCGACUAUGGCGAUCCCGAAAUCGCCAAGUUCAUGGCCCAGCUGCAAGCAGAGUUCAGCAGCACCAGCAACUCCGGCACCACACAACCUCCCCCCGAACCCUCGACCAAAAGCCCAUCUACUCCUCCAUCAACAACAACAACAACAACAACAACAACAUCACAAUCCUCCAACUCCUCAUCCCUCUUCUGGUCCACCACCACCUCCCCCCCCUCCCCCACAACCACAACCACAACCGACCCCCCCAUCCCCUCCCACCUAGACCCCAUAACCGAAUCCCUCCUCCCAACCAGCAUGUCCUGCCGCCAAGCCUUCGACGCCGCCUACCACUGCAACUCCCUCGGCGGCCAAUGGGUAUCCGUCUACCGCACCGGCACCAUGCGCUCCUGUUCCGAGCACUGGGACGACUUCUGGUUCUGCAUGCGCACCCGCACCUACUCGGGCCCCCAGAAAGAAGACGCCAUCCGCGCCUACUACCGCCGCAAGGAGUACCUCAAGUACCACGCCCCCGGACGUCCCAGCAGCGAAGACGUCUGGCAGCCCAGGGACGACAAGGUCCGCCCUGAUACCGCCUUCCGCGAACAUCUCGACAUGCCAAGUAUCAGCGACGAGGAGUGGCGUCGGCUUGAGAUUGAGCGAAGACGAAAGGUCCAGGAGCAACUGCAGUCGCGCGAGUCGUAG